UUCCUCGUAAAAUCUAAAGAAUUCUGUUUCGUUAAGUUAGAACCAUAUGAUAGCAAAAAGCAAUACUUUAUUACAUAUUGAACAGUUACAUAACAGAAAAAGACACAAAACCGGUAUUUAUGACAUACUGAUAUACACUUUCGGGUUUAUUAUGUUGUCGUUUCGCAAAACUCCGAAAAAAUACAUUCAGCUUCAGUCUAAAAACCCGUGUAGAUAAACAAAAUAUUUCUACUACUUAAUUCUGAUAAGUAGUACCAACAGUGAACACUUAACGAAGCGACUAACCAACAGCAUAAUAAAUACGAUUUCCUAUUUCUAUUUUUCAAAUGGGAGACUCUUCAGAAAACAUUGACAUACUAUUUGUGGCUUUUAUUGUGAAACACCGAAAUGAUUAUGGAAUGUACAUUCGUCAUGCUUUUGUGACUCAAAUGCAAGCAAACGACCAAUCCCGUGCAACAUUGAAGCCUUUCCCUUUGUUUCAUUUUAACAGAGACCAACAACCGAUUGGAUAUACAGAAUCUAUCUCAGACAUACAUAUUAGCAACGAAGGGAAUGCAACGGCGACAAAUUAUACCUUGGAAUUACUUUUUCCGUCGAUUGUUAAUUUGAAGGAUUUGCCUGUAAUAUCUUUUGUGAGUAAUUGUGGAUCGAGUGUCAAAAUUGAGGAUGUACAAAAAAAAGCAUUGCGACUCAGGGUAUGAGAAUUAUUUCGACUUAACUAAACUUAAACGGUGUUUAAAAAUAAGAAUUUGACUCUUAUUAUCCAAAUGCUAUUUUCAUGUUAGUAAUUGUCAAAGCCAAAAAUUGAUUUUCGAUUUGUUGUUUAGUGGGCUACCUUGCAGAAUCAAUAAAUUCACUGUAUGCUUCUAGUGUUUUUUUAGUGAAGUGGUUGUUAUCUAUUUCGUUCUAUACUGCCUGUCUUUUUCUGCCUAAAAAAUAUGGAUGGCAAGAAACUGCAUAUAUUUAUAGACCUUUUUUAAUGUUUACAUUUUCCGCGGUAAGCCAUUCUGGCUCUAAUAACUGUGUGCCAGGCAGAAAGGUGCGAAAGCUUGCUGAUGAAUGGUCUUUCUCAGCUUUUUUCUAUUCAGCGGAAAUGUUCUUGAGGCUUUAAAAUAUCUUCCAGUGUUGAUGGACAACUUCUGAUCGGCAUAAAUUCAUGUAAAGUCGUAAUAAUACCUUUGUGCAAUGAUACAGACUAGCGCUGGUAUUGUUUUGCCUGCCACGCAAUUGUUAAAGCCGAAAA